AGUCCGGUCGCGCAGCGGGAGGGAGGCGCGAGGCAGGAGCCGGCGGCUGGGCUCCGCAGCGCAGCUAGCGCAGCGCGGCGCCCGGGGCCCGGCCCUAUGCUCGCAGCCCCGCCGGACCGCCCUUGAGCGCGGGCGUCUCGCCCGCGCCCCCCGCCCGCCGGCACCAUUGCCCCGACGGCGCGGCCGGGCGGCCCGGCGCUCCCCAGGUUCCGCGCUGGCCGGAAGACGCUGCUAGCGGCCGCCGCGGGCGUGGUGAUGCUGCUGGUGCUGGUGGUGCUGAUCCCCGUGCUGGUGAGCUCGGGCGGCCCGGACGGCCACUAUGAGAUGCUGGGCACCUGCCGCAUGGUGUGCGACCCCUACCCCGCGCGGGGCCCCGGCGCCGGCGCGCGGCCCGACGGCGGCGAUGCCCUGAGCGAGCAAAGCGGCGCGCCCCCGCCCUCCACGCUGGUGCAGGGCCCCCAGGGGAAGCCGGGCCGCACCGGCAAGCCAGGCCCUCCCGGGCCUCCCGGGGACCCGGGUCCUCCCGGCCCUGUGGGGCCGCCCGGGGAGAAGGGUGAGCCAGGCAAGCCGGGCCCUCCGGGGCUACCGGGCGCAGGGGGCAGCGGCGCCAUCAGCACGGCCACCUACACCACGGUGCCGCGCGUGGCCUUCUACGCCGGCCUCAAGAACCCCCACGAGGGUUACGAGGUGCUCAAGUUUGACGACGUGGUCACCAACCUAGGCAACAACUACGACGCGGCCAGCGGCAAGUUUACGUGCAACAUUCCCGGCACCUACUUUUUCACCUACCAUGUCCUCAUGCGUGGCGGCGACGGGACCAGUAUGUGGGCGGACCUCUGCAAGAACGGCCAGGUGCGGGCCAGUGCCAUCGCCCAGGACGCAGACCAGAACUACGACUACGCCAGCAACAGCGUGAUCCUGCACCUGGACGCGGGCGACGAGGUCUUCAUCAAGCUCGACGGAGGCAAAGCGCACGGCGGCAACAGCAACAAAUACAGCACGUUCUCGGGCUUCAUCAUCUAUUCCGAUUGAGCUCCCCGCGUCUGCAUCCCCUGUCCCUCACCCCCAGGGCUCCCUUCCGGGGCAGGGCAGGUGAAGACCCGUCCCCCGCCCACCUCCUCGUUGCCCGACCCGGCUAUGACGCCCUCGGCCCGCCCACACUACCGCCUGGGCCGCAGCUAGGCCCUCCCGCCGGCUCGCCGCAGAGCCGGGCCCAGCGCGCCCGGUCCCCAUCCCCGGGAUGCAGUGUUUACCGCCCCAGCCCCAGCCCGCGCUGUAUAUUUGUACAAUAGGACUGUUUACUGCCCAGCCACGCCUACCAACCCUCCCCAGCCUGGGGGAGGGUUGGUGGGGCUGCUUCCUGCGCUCUAAGAUGAGCUGCCCUCGGCUCCUCCGGGGUGGCACCGCCUGGGGGAGGGGUGAGCUGGGGGCUGGAUAGCUUUCCAGCACCCCUAGAGCCCUAGCCCGGCUGUGCCCCGUUUGACCAAAGCUAUAAUAAAAACAUUUCCAUCCUGC